AUCUAUAGCCUCCCAUUUCCUCUCCCAGAGACACCACUCUCUAGAGUCGGUUAGUUUGUCUACCAUGAAGCCGAGACACAUCUGCCCACAGCUGCUGGCGUUUGCAUCCCUGGGUUCUGAGAUCUGACACUCAACCCCUGCAAGGAUUGGCCCUACCCCCUUGGAGGAAAUGGCUGAGCAGCCUCACCACCAGCAGAUGAAAACUUCCUUCCUUUUCAUCCAGCUGCAGGCCCCCCCUGCUCGAGCUCACCCCGCCCUGUGGACAGCAACCCCAGGGGGCCUGGAAGAAGGACACAUUUUCCCAAGGCCCAGGACAGGCAUCUUGGCAGGCUGGGACCUCAGGCACCCGCAGGACUGGGCUGCUCCUCCCUCGAGCCUGCUGCAGACGGAGGGCCGUGGGACAGAGGAACCAGCUGCUUUCGGUUACUCUGCGCAGCAGGAGGAGGAGGGAGAGGAAAAGCCUCGGGAUCUGGAUGUAAGGAGGGGUGGCCUUUGCAGAACUCCACAUCACAGGCGUUCCCUGGCCCCUGCCUCCAGGAAAUGUGGCCGGCUCCAGCCCCUGUCAUGCAGACUUCCUAGCCCAGCUCCCAGUAUGAGCAGUGGGAGUGGCCAUCCAUCCAUGGACUGGAAGCACUGGCCGGUCGUGACUGCCUCCCGAGAACCGUGGGGCACAGACCCGCAGUCUUGGACUGCUUUGGGAUGCUCAGUUUCACUAGCCACCCUGGCCCAUGCGGCGGACAGGCCCAUGCUGAGGAGAGGGGUUGCCACCUGCCAGGUACUCCCCAGGAGCUGCGAAGAGGACACAGUUCCCACCAUGCAGGCAAGGAGGGCAAGACUCUCCAUAUACUGUCCACCCAUUCACACCAGCAAGAGCUGUCCGGUGCCACCUGCUGCUCCACUUCUCAAGGCAGAAACAUUUGUUUGGGUUAAUAAUGCAUCAGCACAUUCCCAGAGUGUUGCCAAGGCCAAAUAUGAAUUUUUGUUUGGCAGACCUGAAGAGAAAACUCCAGAUACUAGUGAUCAUGGAGGAAGCACUUUACUCCCACCGAAUGUCACAAAUGAAUUUCCAGAAUAUGGGACCAUGGAGGAAAGCGGAGAAGGCCUGAGAACUCUUGAGUUGGAUGCAGAAUCUCCAUCAUGCAACCCACAAGGGCAGCAGGGGGUUCAGCUUCCUGCUGGUCACCACUCUGGGCUCCACAGUAUUACAGAAGGACCAAACAAUGUCACAGAGCCCCCCUCUCAAAGUCACCUCAAGGAACAAAGUUUACAACCCAUUGACUCUUUGAUCUCAGCUCUGAAAGACACAGAAGCCAGAAUAACUUCAGGAACAUUACAGGCUACAAAGGUAUUGAACAAAGAUGCUGUUUCUAGUUUUUCAGUUCACCUGGUGGAAAAGGAGCCAACCACUGCCAGUCACAGAACACAGAAAGCUAACAGACUGUUGCCUACCAGCCAAGACAAAUCACCACAUAUACCUCUUUCAGCUGAUGUUACGACUGGGGAGAUUUUUUAUCCUAGCGUCCAGAAGGAUCUGUCUACACGGUUAACUGGAGAGACUCAGGAAGAGCUUUCCCAGACAACUAGUGAUGGCAGGAAAGGGGCGCUUCAUGCACAGGAGACUUCUUGUCCUGUGUCCAUUCUGGGCAGCUCAGAGACAAUCCACAACUCGUCUAGCAGCAUUGGCGUUUUGAGGGAGAGGAGGUCUGAUAUGGGGAGAGAAUCCAUAGGGGGCUCCAUGGGGCGCCCAGGCCGGGUGAAACAUGUGGAAUUUCAAGGGGUAGAAAUAGUGUGGACAGGAGGGGAGAAAAAAGAAACACUUCAUCCUAUGGAUUUUGAGGUAUCAUCAGAAAGGACAACUUCUCUUGAAGGCAAAGAGUUUUCCAAGGUGCCAGGCCAUCUUUCAUCUGCCAGCUUGUGUGAUUCAGUAACUGAGAGUGUUUGGGAUGAAACCUGGAAAGCUUCGGCUAAGAGACCUGGCACUAGCUCAGGGAUAUUUUCCCCUGUGCCUCUCAUUGAGAGUGGAGAGGAUGAAGUCUUUCUAAAGGAAAACAAGGAACAUCUUGAGAAGAAACCGGAACCGGAGAGAGACAAGGAGAGGAUUCUUGAUCAAGAGGAGCACUACAGGGGAGGAGAGGAUGACAUCCUUGGGUCCGGGUAUGCAGAGGAUUCCACUGAUGUGUACAGCUCCCAGUUUGAAACCAUUUUGGACAACACUUCUUUAUACUACAGUGCUGAAUCCUUGGAAACAUUAUACUCAGAGCCUGAUAGCUAUUUUAGCUUUGAAAUGCCUCUUACGCCAAUGAUACAGCAGCGCAUUAAGGAAGGUGGUCAGUUCCUUGAGAGGACAUCAGCAGGAGGACAGCAAGACAUCCUGAGCGUCUCAGCAGAUGGUGGAAUAGUGAUGGGCUAUUCCAGUGGGAUCACCAACGGGCUGGAUGACGCCAGCGACACCAUCUACUCGAAAGGCAUCCAGGAGAUUGCUUUCUGGGGAAGCAAUGCUGGGAUGAAAACAACACUGCUAGAGGCUCAUUCUGAAAUGGGGAGCACUGAAAUUGUGGAAAAGGAGACAGCAGAAAGUCUCAGUAAUGGUACCAGCAGCAACAUAGAAGCAGCCAAAAGGUUGGCCAAACGCCUUUAUCAACUAGACAGAUUUAAAAGAUCAGAUGUCGCAAAGCACCUAGGCAAGAACAAUGAAUUUAGCAAACUAGUUGCAGAAGAAUAUCUGAAGUUUUUUGAUUUUACAGGAAUGACUCUGGAUCAGUCUCUCAGGUAUUUCUUUAAAGCGUUUUCUCUUGUGGGAGAAACUCAAGAACGAGAGAGAGUUUUAAUACACUUCUCCAAUAGAUAUUUUUAUUGUAACCCAGAUACCAUUGCUUCACAAGAUGGAGUCCAUUGCCUGACCUGUGCAAUGAUGCUCCUUAAUACAGAUCUCCACGGCCAUAAUAUUGGAAAAAAGAUGACCUGCCAAGAGUUCAUUGCAAACCUCCAGGGGGUAAAUGAAGGAAGUGACUUCUCCAGAGAUCUACUAAAAGCUCUGUACAAUUCAAUCAAGAAUGAGAAGCUUGAAUGGGCAGUAGAUGAUGAAGAGAAAAAAAAAUCCCCAUCAGAAGGUACUGAUGAGAAGGCUAAUGGAACACAUCCAAAGACCCUCACUCGCAUUGGGAGCACUACCAACCCAUUCUUGGACAUUCCUCAUGAUCCAAAUGCUGCUGUGUACAAGAGUGGAUUCUUGGCUCGGAAAAUCCAUGCAGAUAUGGAUGGGAAAAAGACUCCAAGAGGAAAACGAGGAUGGAAAACAUUUUACGCUGUGCUGAAGGGAACAGUCCUUUACUUGCAAAAGGAUGAAUAUAAGCCAGAAAAGGCCCUGUCUGAAGAGGAUUUGAAAAAUGCUGUGAGUGUGCAUCAUGCACUGGCAUCCAAGGCCACAGACUAUGAGAAGAAACCCAAUGUGCUUAAACUUAAAACCGCCGACUGGAGGGUCUUGCUUUUUCAAGCCCAGAGCCCAGAGGAAAUGCAAGGGUGGAUAAACAAAAUUAAUUGUGUUGCAGCUGUGUUUUCUGCACCACCAUUUCCAGCAGCAAUUGGGUCUCAGAAGAAGUUUAGUCGACCCCUUCUGCCUGCUACUACAACAAAAUUAACUCAGGAGGAACAGCUGAAGUCUCACGAAAGCAAGCUGAAGCAGAUUACCACCGAGCUGGCUGAGCAUCGCUCUUACCCCCCAGACAAAAAAGUGAAAGCCAAGGAGAUAGACGAAUACAAACUGAAAGAUCACUACCUGGAGUUUGAGAAAAACCGUUAUGAAACGUAUGUCAGUAUUCUAAAGGAAGGAGGCAAGAAUUUCCUGAUUAACAAUGAAACUGAGGCUGCUGGACUGAAGAAGUCACAUUCCAGUCCUUCACUGAACCCAGAUUCAUCCCCAGUCAUUGCCAAGGUCAAGCGUAACGUAUCUGAGAGAAAAGAUCACCGACCUGAAACACCAAGCAUUAAGCAAAAAGUUACUUAGAGUCCAUCUGUGGCCAGAAAGUGCUGGUCAUGGAGCAAAAUAGGGUUUUUCAAGAUCUUUCUGGUAAAUCCGUGAAUAUAUUUAAAAAAAAAAGUCUGUGACUAAAUGGUGCAUUAGUAACCUUUUCUAUUGUAUAUUUUUGUUAGUUUUCUGUACAGAUUGUCUCUUUGCUCUUGAUUUCUUUGCUUUGAUGAUUUUUGCUAUUUGAUAACUAAUGCACCUUUUUUGUGAGGGGGAGGGGAUCGUGAUUUCAGAUUGAAUUAUGUGUCCCUUCUCCUUUGGUUUUCUCUUGUUUGCACUCUGCUCAGUUGUUUUAUGUAGUCUCAGAUCAGCUGUUACACUUUUUUUUAAGGUUAAAAAAUUUAAUCUAUUGUGAAACUCUUAACUGGACAAACUUCGUAGUUUAGUAAAUUCUAGCCAGAGUUAAUAUAAGCCUUUAUAUGUGAAACCUUGCCCAGUCACAGAGGUGGAUUGAGCACUCUCAGAAGUUCAAUUAAGAUUGCAAUUCUGAGAAUCAAGACGUUCCAGCGUGAUGCAGCUAUGACUGCGUCUUAGCGCUUGUUAAGUUGUGACCCUGCUGGAAGCCAGGAAAGGAGGCGUGAAGAUUGCAGGACUGGAGGACCUGGAAGCACGUUCACUUGCUUGAAGGGUUGAUUCUGUUUCAGCCAUGCAGGGAAAGAGGAAGUAGAAUCGUCUUGCCAUUAAAGGUUGUGGAAAGACUGACACCAAGUUCAUUUUGUUUGCUAGAUGACAAUGGCAACAAUGGACUCUGGGGGACCUGCAGCAGUAGGCCUGGGUUUGGUCUGCAGGAAAUUGUUACCCCACCCAUCUGGGGGUAUAGACUAGGAAUCCAGAAUCAUCUCUGUUACCAGUACCCUGCCUUUUGGGAAUAGGUUCUUUUGUUGUUUUGGGGUUUUUUUUAACGCAUAUAUAUAGGUGUGGGGUUAUCUCCUGGUUGUAAGAAUAAUGGGGGUCUUCCUAACAAAAUUAUGUUGAAAAUGGAACCCCUUUUCUUCUUUCCUUAAGAAAGACAAAAUAAGAGAGGGAAAGGUAACUAUAAUUGUCCAGCAAUAGAAUAGCAAUUCUUUAAAUUAAAUCUGAAAGGAGUACAGUCUGAAUGAAUUGUGGUUGGAAAACAAAAUUCUGGUGGUUACAUAUGCAGAGUCACCUAUGCUAUUGUUUUCUGUCUCUCUGAUAGCCACUGCACUCUGCUCCUCCUUCACUUUCUCCUUAAAGUCUUUAUUAUCUCAUUUAAAUAAUUUCUUAUCUACUCAAAAUAAUUCUAUCACCCCUAUAAUCAUGAGCAUGUUCCAGCGACAGCUCUUUGAAAUUCAGGGUGGCAAACAGAACAUUCUCUUGUCGAGAAAGAGAAAGGAGUGACAAUUGAGUUCUUUAUGAAUUAGAACUUUAUGAUUCUGAACCCUUAAAAAUUUGUGACCCUUAAAGCUGUAAUCUCCACAAAUGACAACUUCAGAACUAAUGGAAUCACUUUCUAUGCCUUUUCCCACCUACAGAAAUUUGUUCUAGUUCUACUCAGUUUCUUGAAUAAAGGUACUAUGACCAAAGAAUGAGAGACAUGCGUGAAUAGCGGGGUCCCGGUUAAUUAGGAGAAAUCUGCUAUUAAACCCUGAUAGUUUCUAAUGGCAUAUUGGCCUUAUGUAUCAGCAUUAGUUGUAGGAUUAUUUAUUAACAUUUUCUUCCAUCAUCUAUAAAUGCCCGUUUGUACUGGUGCCCAGAAAAGGGUAACCCCUCUGCAAGACUGCUUGCUUCAUGAUGUCUCUUGCCACACCUUUGAAAAACUCUCUCUCUCACUUAGGUGAAGGCAGUGACUAAAUUGAUGUUUCAAAACAGAAACAACAGGGUAGUUACAGUCUGGGCUGGUACCUGAUUCUGACUCCAAGAUUUUCACAAGGAAAUCGUCUUUCUUCCUGUUUGUGUUCUGCCUAGUUACUUAUCCUAAAUAAAAGGGAGAGAGGCACCUAGGCCUUAUGUCUGAGUUUCAAUAGCUAAAGAAAAAUGAACAUCCCUGACUGGCUUGAAUGUGUCUGCCCGCAGUGUGAGUGUGUCUGUGUAUAUAGAAUGUCUCUGUGAGUUAAUUAUAUUAUAUAAUAGACAUGGAAUGGUACCUAGCCGCGGUGUGUCUGACAUGUAGAGUGGCUCUGAAAUGCCGACUUAGCAUCAGCACCACUAUAGUGUUGUUCUCGUUGCAGGACAGGAUUCACUAACAUUACCUCCAGGGAUUUCAGGAUAUGUGGAUAAGCUAACUGGAUGAGAAGGGCACUUUUAAAGCCUCGGUGUACCACCUUUGCGCAGGCGCACUUUAAAAACAAUGGCAAAUCUUGUUUUGUGAGACAGCAUCCCAGAUUGUCCUGGCCUGAAGUUGUCCAUCUAUUGGAGCAGGGCUCAGAACACUUCCUCCCUGAGGCCUCUGGAGGUUCUUGUCUGUUGUUGGUGCAUCUUGUAGUCCAAGAGUUUAUCCUAUGCUUGAAAAUGGUCCCUAAUUUGACUAGAUUCUCAGAAUCUUGCCCAUACUAGCUACAUUUUCUUUUGUAAUGAGUUCAGACCCAUAGUAGCUAGUCAGAAGAGAUUGAUGACAUUUCCUUUCACAUCCACUCCAUGCCUAAUUUCAUGGUACAGGGGAUCUCUCCUCGUUCUUUCUGUCUAACGGUACUCCACCUCCCGCACCCCCAUACCUCACCUGUAUCUCAGCACCGGGAGCCUUGGGGUUUCUCUCCAUGUGAUAACUCAUUAUUCCUCUUCACAUAAAUAUACUUCAUAUUAACUUUUAGUUUAGAAUAUUUUGAUGGGCAUCAAAAUACCUUGGUGAUAAUCUUGCUGCAAAAUUGACCUUCAAAGUAUCCCAUUUAUAAAGUCUGAAUGUUUUAGGGUUUGUUGGCUUUUACAGGGAGGUAUCAGAAAUUCCUUGUUAGCAAUCAAAACUUAAUGACUAGCAUGUGGAAUCCUUAUUUUAUUGCCAUACCAUAGGCAUGAUUUGAAGGAUACUCUUUUCAAUAUUGUUUUGCUACUCUUAGGAAUGCCUAGUUAAAAUAAGCAAUACUCCUGUGCAUUUUAAUUUCCCUCAGAGAAACCGGCUUGUGGGAGAGUCCUCUGGUGGAACUGUAUUUCCAAGAUUCUAGGUAGCAUUUUUUGUUGCUGAGUUAGGUGAAGAGGAUAGAAAUCGACUGCAGAAGACCCUCUGUAUUUCUUUGACUGUUAUUCUAAUUCAGAAGAUGCAGAUUGCUUCCUAAUAUAAAUUGAUAUGAGGAAAUUAACUCUGGAAGAGGAAAAUCGACUGACUUUUCCAGGUCAACCUAGGUUGGUCUCUUGAGUUGAUUUGUCACCCUGUGGCCAAACCCUAGACCCUUGAGGCUGGUUAAGAGCAGGGAGGGAGGCCCUUUGCCUAAGCGCAAAGUCACAGUUUCAUGCUGCUCCCUCUCUCAGGUAAGGAGCCUGGGAAGAUGUUCUUAUGUAAGGCAGGCCCUGCUCUGGCCAUGAACUGCAGCUCUUCUACCUUUUCAACUAAUCUUGAUAAUUGGAGGCAAUUGACCUCAAAGAAGUUCCUCCAUUGUCUUACUGUCAAGACUUCCUUGGGUCUAGUUAGCUGUCAUUUGAAUUCCUUUGGCAUUUUUCUUUGUAAUCAUCUGUUAAACUUUUUUCACUAAGCCUGACUUCACAGGGAGUUUCUUGACUUUGUAGGUCAAGUCUCUGCACUUUAGUUCUUGUAGUUCAGCAAGUUUGUGGCCACCUUCCUUCACUUCAACACUGAACAAUCCCUUCACCUUUCAAAUGACAGAAUUUUUUUCAGUUCUCAAAUUAGCGCUGUUGAACAGAGACCCAAUGUGACAUCCUAGGACUUGUUACAAAUAGAGUAUAGUUAAUGUGGAAUAGUGUGACUUUGGAUUUAAAUAGCAUCUGCUUUUCUUACAGAGCAUAAGUUACUCUGACAGAAAGUGUUCAGUCAGCUUUAUAGGCAGACACGCCUCUGGACCUACCUUUAUCUAGAACUUUGUGACUCUCUUCUCCCCUGCCAGGCCGCCAGUCAGCCCAGGGCAGCAGAUGUCUCCAACAGUCUUUUGACAUCUUACCCUAUCAAGUCACCAGAGGACUUUAGACAUCAGUAGUUUACCACAAAAUAAUCCCAACAAGCAAUAGAGAGGUACUUUGUCACUGCUUCUGCUUUCACAUUCCUGUUUAAUGUCUCACUCUUCAGAGAGAACUGAAGUCCUAAGCCUUUGCACCUAAGUCCUUUGUAUCUACGAUGUCCAAAACCCGGUGGGCAGCCUUCUGCUCAGGGCAUUAACUGGCCCAUUGCAUGUAGAGAGAAUGUCUUCCUAGAGAGAAUGUCAGUAAAUACUUGAAUCUGCAUGACAGUUUGUUGACUUGAAUGCAACAGCAAGAAAAUACUACAAGUUAAGUACUUGUAUAUAUAGUAGGUUUCCUUAAGUCUCUUUGGUUCAUUCUUUGUAGUUUAUGUGUGUAUCUGUACUUUUGCAGGCUUUUGGAGAAAAUUCAUGUAGAUAGUAUGUCUAUGUCAGACAUCAAAGAAAAUGCUUCCUGUCAUUUGCCAAUGUUGUAUUUGUGGAUAUUUAUAGUUGUGUGUGUGUAUAUGUAUCAAUGUGUAGAUUGUGUAUCAAUAGACGAUAUAUGUACAUCAAAUUUAUUUUUGUUCUUAAUAACCAGUGUGAUAUGAAAAGCAAGUAAAAACCUCAUAGGAUUACAAUGCAGUUAUUGAGAGAAUAUAUAGUGGUACUGUUUUAUUAAACUUAAAUUCAAAUGAUAUUUUGAUUAAAUUUUUUAAUAAUAUUUUAUGCUAGAAAAAGUCCGUCUUUGAGCUUUGAAUCACCAGGGCAAAAAUGACUCUGAACUAACUUUGUGAAACUAUUUCAGUGUACUGUGUACAAUACCUAGGGUGUAGCUCAUAAUUUGGGAUAUACAGAAAGAAAAAAGCAAAACAAAACAAACAAAAAAAAAUACAGCCAGCCUGUGCAGUCUUACAAGUUCAGUAUUAAGAAAGAGCACUUAAACAUAAGUCAUAUGACUUUGGGCUUAUUACAAAAUGUGAUGCUCUACAGCACACGUUCUUUAUUGUUGUAAUUAGCCCAGAAAAAUAGAGCUUUCAGAAGAAUGAAAUCGGUACCCGUCCUGUCAUCACUGUACCUGUGUCUGUGUCACAGUAGACGGAACCACCCGUCCAGUGCCCUGCCCUGGCCCUCUUCACCUUCCAGAAAUAUUCCAGGCGCUGAAGUUGAUCAGGGCUUCCUAAGAUCGGGUACUGUAUUCUGCAAAUCGGGUACCUAUACUGCAAACUGUCUAGGUUUGCAGUUGCACAAAUUAGCAUCGAGUGUUACAGGUAAAAGAAUUGCAGGACAGGCUAUGGACCAGGUUAAAACUUUAUUUAAUAUUUUUAUACUUAGGUCUCUUUUCCUGCCUCUCCCCAAAGAAGAGCCACUGGCCUUAGUUGUUUGAGCUUACUGCUUCUCUUACAGUGUGUAAAUAGAUAACAUAGAGAUUAAAAUUUUAUUAACCAGCAUGUUUGGUGUAUUUAAAUUAGCAAUUGAGUGCAGUUGAGUGAGUGGUGGGGUGCAGUGUACUCGUGUCAACACACUGCCUCGUGUUCUUUGUAUCUGAUUCUGACAAUUGGAGCUGUGGAGCGGGAGACCAGUCUUCUGCUCCAGGCUGUGGUGGUUUCUUGGUAGUUACACUUGAUUUUUUUUUUUCAAUUAACUCUACAGUCUCAAACUAUUUUUGCAAAUGUAUCAUAUUUCUUCAUUUGUUCUUGACAUGCUGUGAACUGGCUCUGUGACUGAUCAGCAGGGUCUGUGUUCUACAAGAGUGCAUUUCCUUCUAAGAAUUAUAGUGGUUUGCAAAAACAUCCAUUUGAUUCAGAAAUCAUAUAGAAAAGGAGUAGCAAUUUCAUUUUGGGCCUUAAUCAUUUGAAAUGUUUGGACUUUUACUGUAAAGCCAUGUAGGUUAUAAAGCCAAGUAACCAUUUGGCAUGGAUAACAAUAUCCACUCUAUAGAGAGUAUAUAUGCACAUUGAUUUGUAAUGCCAUAAGGAGACUUUUUUUAAGCUAUAGGAACAAGAAUAAUUAACUAGACCAAACUGAAGUGGGGGUGGGAUGGGGGAUAGUGGGUGGGGUGAGCAGGCUGCCUUCCAUUUGGGGCAGCUAUGCAUGUGAUCAGGCCUCUGUCCUGAGAGAUUCAGAUCCAGUUCACUGCAACCUUAGAUGUGUGAGGGGAGUAGCCUCACGUGUACAGACACUUGCACACAUGUAUACAUAGUAAAUGUUUUAAGUUACACAACUUAAGACAGCGAGGGCCAAGGUGUUGUAAAAGUGAUACACGGAGGAAGUGGACGUUGCAUCACAGGAAUGUUUUCCAAGGGCCAGAGAGGUGCUUGAGCUCCAUUGUUUUAACGCAGAGAUGCAUUGCACUUUUAACCAAUCAGUGAGAAGAUGCAUAGCACAUCCUUUCUGGUGGCCCAUCAAGUUGACGGCUUCCUUAUAUCUCAUAAGUAGCCACAUCCUGGCAUCCCAAAGAAGCCUGGGAAAGUGCCAGAAAACUGGUAUGCACCAUUGCCCAUGGUGGCAUUGCUGCUCGCUCUGGAGAGCAUUCCUUUUAGAAGGAAGUGCAAAGGCAGAGGCAGCAAGCACUUAGCACAGGAGCACUCUGCCGAUCGUCCAACUCCCCUCUGAGCUGUAUGCUGAACAGGUAGGCACUUUUCCAUCAGCAACCACAGCCAAGAUGGAUGUGAGAAGGAACCUAGCUAAAAUAGAUUUCCCUUUGCAGGGUAGAGAACUGAGCUCUCAUUCAUAGUGUUAUAAAAUAAGCACCUUAACUUCAAUUCCUGAAAAUGUUGGCUAGAGAAAAUUUUGAAGUUUCCUUUCCUGUUCCCCCCUGAACCUGCAUUUGUAAGUCUUCAGACUCUCCCAGAAGUGUCCCAGCCACAAGGCUCAGUUAAGGGCAGCACUGCAGGCCUGAGGCUCCUUGCUCUGAACCCCGAGCCCCAGAGCACUGAAGCGGGGGAUGGUGUAGCCUCUCUGCAAAGAGGAGCUUCUCCCCUCGCCUCCUCCACAGGGGCUUCUGAGCCGCAGCACAUCCUGGGCUUCACAUGCUCCUUCCUGGAUUUAGGAAUCCAGCUGUCCCGGCGAGCUGACCCUGCUAAGGCAAGAUAUGAACACAGAGGGACUGAGUCACGGGGUGACACAUGACAUGGGUAUAAAAAAAAAAAAACCCUGUGACUGAAGUCAAGACCACGUAUUUUGCCUCCGCAAGAUGUAAGCUGGCACAUUGAGUUCUACCCAGGGAUGGUUGAUAUCUUUGCCUUUGCGUCCAUAUUUCUGGAAAUGGGUAACAUUUCAUUUAUGUGGGAAGGGUCAAGGAACACUAAGCCUACUGCUUAGCAAUUCUGCUCGGUCUGUAUGAGAGCUGCCGGCUAAAGGCCUCAUGCCUCCCUGCUUUCCCUUCUACCUCAACUCGUAGAAGCCCAUUUCUAGAACAAAUUUACACAGGUGGAGAAGUAGCACGCUGGCCCUGAUUACUGCAGUGCAGGCAGAAGGGUGGGGGAUUGUACCUGUGAAUAUGAAAUAAGCUUUGAACUUUUCCAGCCUAUUUAACUGGGUUAUAUUUACUGUGGCUCAAACUAAUGGACAAUGUGGAACAUUCCUUUACCUUCAAAGUUUUCUUCACCAAUCAUUUCAGUCUCAUUGCAGUCCUGGUGCCAUAUGUCCCUGCAAAUUGUGAAAGUAAUUAGUGACAAAAUAGCAGCCUACUCCUUUUCAGUGGCCAAACUGUCAGCAUUAGCAGACUUGGGUAAGCUAGCGGUACCGUAUCUUGUACUGGAAACCUGUUCCUCACUCUCACCCACCAGAUUCAAGAAAUGCCAUCUCCUAGGAAAUUGUGGCAUUUGUGGUGGUCAUCUUUUGAAUGGAACAGUAAUUUAUGUGGAUAUUGUUGAAGUGUUUAAAGACUAUUUUGAAAAUUAAGUUUACAUUUUACAAUUGCUUUAUUUUUUAUUAAAAUAAUUGUAUAUAAAUAUUACCCUAUUUCACUGUUGAAGUAAAACCUAAACCGUGUAGACCAGUGAGUCAGCUGAUGUGUAUAGAAGCUGUGAUAUAUAAAUAGUACAUUUCUCUAUUGUGUAAAUGUUCAUGAAUAUAACUGUUCCUGUGUUUUUAUAAGUUGGGGAUAAUUUGUUGUUUCACAACAACAAAAUUUAUUGCAUUGAAAUGGUUUUUAUGUCAUAGAAAUCAUGCAAAAUAGUGAAGGAUUUAAAAUAUGUAUAUGAUAUAUGUAAAUGUACAAACUUUAGAAAGAAAUAAAUCCAACAAAUUUCAAUCAU